CUCGGGUUUUGACCAUAGAUUGUGAAAGCGGGAAAUGUGAACUUUUAUUUUGUUCGGAGAAAAUGGUACAGAUAAUCGUUAGCAUACCAGGAGAUGGAAAAGAUGUUGAAGAAUGGGGAAUGCUUGACCUUCAAGGUGACCUAGAAACACGACAUCCAGUACCACUUGGUGGAAAAUUUAUCGGAGAUUUACACUUUACUCAGAAAGACGUGCCAGUGUUGAUCAUUGGACACCACAUUUUAUAUGGUAAAGUAGUCAACAUGGAGAAACCAUUUGCUGUAUUAGUGAAAAAUCAUCGAGAACAGGGAGAUAACUCUAACAUAGAUGAUUCAAAUCAGAAUAAGAAAGAAACAUCAUAUACUGUCCAAGCUAUUAUCAAAAAGAAACUGUUAUUCAAAUCAAGACCUAAACCUAUCAUUGCAAAUGUACCAAAGAAAAUAUAAAAUAUACUGUUGAUUUAUU